AAGAAGAAAGUGGAGAAGAAAAAAAGUAGAAGAGAAGGAGGAGAAGAAGAGGAAAGGGAAGAAGAAAGUGGAGAAGAAAAAAAGUAACAUCUAGUAGCGAUGACAUUACCGGUGAUAUCUCAUUCCUGACCGAAAGAAGAGUAUUUCGCGAGAAAGAAGUACGCGCGUGAUUACGACCCUUGGCGACUCCGGAAGGAUACGCUCUCCCACGGCAGCCAGGGGGAGGGAGAGCCGUGGAGUGAAAGAGAAACGGUGAUAUAGAAGAAGACAGAGAAAGAGGGGGAGGAGGAGGAGGUGAUGGUGAAGUUGCGGUAGAGAGGGAGGAAGAAAGAGAGAGAGAAACCCGUUAAGGCGGUACGAGUAACGUGUCGGUGGAAGUUCUUGCGAUUGAUAGAGGGACUAAGAGAGAGGGAUAGAGCCAAGUCGACGAAGGUAAUCGGUAGCAUCAACCUGCGUGCCUCGACAAAACCGAUUAAAGACGAGCGAGCAACGAUCCUUUCGCCUGCUUUGUCGCUAAUUCAGUGUCGUCGUUCGCCUUUUCGUUCGGUUACCGGCUGCACGACCGAUCUUCAGCCAGGAUCAUUCGCAGUGUAACGAGUACCCUCGGCGAUAUCGGGCACAGGAAGCCUCGACGAUCUAGUCGGUCGUUUGCAUUCAGGAUCCAUCGCACGUCGCCUCGAUGCUACCUCGUAAACCAAUUCCGUGGUUCCCUAUCUUCGCGAACAAGCCGUUCUGACUGGCGCGCGUCGUCGAUCUUCUGGUUCGCGUUGACGAGCGACACGGAUCGUCCGUCGACGAGAUCGAGUCCUCGUCGAUCGGUUCGUGGAGGAUCGGUGUUGGCCGCGGUAGAAUCGCAGCCACGGGGGUCCGCAAUAAUGCGAGAGUAUCGGAAACGCGGUAAAUGGACGAUAACGGCGGGCCAGUUGCUGCUACAUCUUCAGUGUUCCGAGAGAAUCUUGUUCCAGCGGUGGCUGUGUCCGAGGCAAAAGUAAACCAACGAGGAUGAGGUGGACUUGCAUCGUGCAGCCGAAUUUUCUACGCUCGUGUGAUUCCCUCUACGAUCCGUCGAAUUGCGUGCCGUGUUUUUGAUUUAAUCCAUCGAACGACGAUAACGACCACUACAACCAUAACGAACGAGCAGAAAUUUCAAGACGCAAACGAAUCUAGGAGAAGCAAACGAAUUAUCGAAGGAAAGAAAAUAGCAAGAAGGAGGAGAAGAAGAAGAAGAAGAAGAAGAAGAAGAAGGGAGAAGAAGAGAAACGAGAAAGAAGAAGGAAAAAAGAAGAAGGAAAGCGAAAGAGAUAUUAAGAUAAAAGCGUGAAGAAAGUGGCGUGUAGAUAAGAAGGAGGGCUCGGAAAGAAGUGUGGAUGAGACCGUCAUGCCCGCUGAGAUCGACACGGGCGGGCCAAGGGUGCUGCACUGUGAUUACCGUGCCGACUGCCCGAUACCAAUCGUAGCGUCAGUUUCCACCGAGUCUUCCUUGUGCGGCGAGAAUAGAGUUGUCGGAACGUUGACGAUCGUACGACGACUUCCGCGGAUCGACGAAAACCAAUCGCUCGAUAGCAAAGCCCUCGAGUCUCGUCGUUGCUUUGGUUUCUCCUUUCGUCGAACCGGCGACACAUCGUCGUCCAACCGUUCCGGAUUCCGAGGUUUUCGAGGAUCACGAGCGGAGCCGCGUGAUAUCGCGUUCGACGAUGUUUCCAAUCGUCAUCGGCAGCCGUCGAGCGACGCGCUGUCGUGUACGAUUCGACGCGAGAACGUGCAUUAUCGUGAAAAUAGUUUCUAUCCGGUGCAACCGGAAUCGCGACUCGGCGAUGCGAUCGUCGUGGACCGGUCGCCGAUCGACCAAGAGGCGAUAACGGAGACACGAUCGGGACAAGGCGAGCAUUCGGUAGAACGCGAAACGAACCGGAGACUCGAUUCGACGAGGCUUCCGGUGCCUUCGAGCAAACACGAAAACGAUACGGGUCACAGUCGACAUCGGCAUCGGCACCGAAGUCACGAACGAGAAGGCGAAGAAGAAGCCAGCCGCUGUUCGAAACGUUGCGGCCUGUCAACCGCGACUCGCAAUUGGCCGCGGUAUCGCCUCGCGAGCCAUGUCCCAAUAGGGAAGUCAGCAGCGCGGUUCUCUAGUCAGUCGAACGACCCUUCGAGAUCGGGCGAUCGGACGAGGUACGAGAAGUUCGUAUCGGUGCCGAGCGCGCUCCCGUCCUUGGCCGAUGAAACGUGGAAGGAAGUGGACGACGCGACGAAUUCCUGGAGUAGCGAGUCGCGCGUCACCAAGGUCGUGGCGAGUACCGAUGACCAGUGCCGGCAGACCGACUUUCCUUCGUUCGAUCACCAGGAGUCCUUGACGAGAAGUGACCGUGGAACGAGGAAGAAGAAACGCGUGUGCUCUAACAACCGUUCAACGUACAUUCAGUUAGCGUUACUGUUGUUCCUCGUCGCGUUCGGACAGUGCGGACUUCGUAAAUCAAGUGUGGUUAACUACAGUGUGAAAUCGAGUACAACCGGGUUGAGUGUGUUGACGAUUGGUACGGUUAUCAGUGCAGUGAGUGCCGCCCCGGUUGAUUUAAUGGGUGACGCCGGCGUGAGGGCAGAACGAUCGGCCAAUUUGUCGCACAUCACUGGCGCUUCCAGGAAAAUCCAGAUGUACAUCAAGAAUCGGCAUUUGCAGAUCCUGCCAGAUGGCACGGUAAACGGUUCCAACGACGAUACUUCGGAUUACACAAUAUUUCAACGAACGUCUGUAUCCAGGGGUCAACUGAGGAUCCAAGGUGUCGCGACCUGUCUGUACCUGUGCAUGGAUUCCUGUGGUCUUCUGUACGGCUCGCGCGAGUACACGGACGACUGCGUGUUCAACGAGACACUGGAACAGCACAAUUACAACACCUACAGCUCGGCGAAAUGGUCGACAGCGAAGAAAACCUUGUACCUCGGAUUGAACCGUCGUGGCCAGCCGAGGAGGGUACAGGCCAAGGGUCACAAUUUGGGUAGACUGUCCGCCUACGCGCGGGUAUUAACUCAGGUCGCUCCUUCGGACCGAGUGGAGGCUCUUCAAAGACGACUGUUGGGAGCUCAACACAACGUUCGUCAUCGGCAUAACAGUCAUCGCGGCGAUUUGAUUCAGCAAUCGCUCUGUCCCACUCUUCCGGUACAGGAAAAGGAUGGCAGAGAUAAAUUCAGGUGUCGCAAGCGAAAAAAGAGAAAGAAGAGGAAGCGAAGGUGCAGGCCAGGCGAGAUGCCAGGUCCACAGUGCCAAAUGGUGGAGGAGAGCGGGAAGGGUGUGGUAGUUUCGGGCAGAAACGAGAGCCUAGCUUCGAACGGGACUUCGUUAGAGUCGAAGAGAUCCUGCGAGGGUGCUGCAAGCGAUGAAGCCUGUCGAAGAGAGGCACUUUCGGUUCCAUCUAAGAAACGGAAGCUACGGGUCGACCAGACUAGAGGAGGAAUAUCGUCGGCUGGCGGCAGGAACAUGGCUACGGGCAAAAACGUGGACACGAGCAGGAACGUCACCGUGAGCAAAGUGGUCGCUGGAAGUAGGAACGUCACCGCGAGCAACAACGGUGAGAGAAAAGCACCAGCGUCAAACUCAAAAAAAGUAAAAGCUGCUGGCAGCAUGAGUCAAAGUAAAAAGCCCAAUUUGACAGAUGGGAAGAGAAAGAGGAAGAAGGGGCCAGCAGCGGCAACGGCAGCGGCAGCGGCGGCGGGGAGGAGGAACUCUACGGUACCUCUGGUCCGGAAGAGAUUCAAGCCUGGCAAAGUGGACACCACGUCUGCGGUGCCCACGACAACUCUCGCACCGACCUCCGUAACGUCCUCCUCCUCCUGGUCGUCUCCUGGUACGUCAAUCGCCCCUUGAGGGGAGGAAGUCUCGUCUAGGCGCAGGACCAAGCCGUCUUCCUCGUCGAGGAACGUGUCCGUUGGUUCGAAUGGUACCGUGAGUCCUCCUAGAAUAAAGAGAGCGUUCGGUGGAAAUCGCACGGAAACGAUAAAUCGGGUCGCUUUUUACAGCGUCGCAGCUCGAAACAAUCGGCGGUGACCGUGAACGUUCCUGAGAUCGUUUUCGAUCGAUAUUCUCCGAAAUUCGAGCCCGUCUUACCGUGCAACUGUCCCAGACGAAGGAUACCUCGAGAUCGUUGUCCAAGUUCUUGCGCUAUGGCCACGACGGACGAGCGUUCUGACCGACUGCCGUUUCCAACGAAUACGUUGGAGCAAUUCGAUAUCGCUAGAUAAUCGAGAAGAGGCUGUUCCACGCGUGAACAUAAAUGUUGAAAAUGUAUAAUAAAGUUUCAAAGUAUCAAUUUUCAGCAAAUACGCGGGUUAAAUUUUCAGACUCUAUCUUUUCUUCAAAAACGUAGCUUUAAACGACAAUGCGUAGAUUCUUGCGAGUUAUAUACGUUUCGAUCAUCGGAUAUUCUAUUUCUCAGAAUGACAAUUCGAACGGAACACGAAUCCAUCGUAACGAUAUCCUAGCCCGUCGACGACGAACACUCGUCUUCGACGACGUUUUCGAACGACUAUUACGCCACUAUUGCGAUCGAUAUAUCGAACGUUCGCCAUCUCGAUCGAGGCAACGAUCGAAAUGACAAUCGGCGGCGCGUUAGACCGUGCGAGAAGAAUAAGCCGGUGGAAGGAGUCGACGAUGCAUACGACAGCGAAAGGUUCGACACGCCGGAAACUGUAUCUAUAGUUAUACAGUCAACCUCCGGGGAUCCCACUCGGCAGACUGGCUAUGCGAGGCGGUACACGCGAUCGCCUUGGGCCAGGCUCGACCGCGUUUCGCGGCAAUCAAUGUAAACUUACGUGUACAUAGUAAUCAUGCUACGUUUACGAUUAACAACAUACUCCACAUUUAUGUAUGACGAUUGCGUGCGCAUGAAAUGUUCCCCGCGGAAAACUGUCGGUGUUUCGACCCCGCGAGUGGCUUCCAAUCGAAAGAAAUUCGAGGACAAAAGGAUGUUCCACUUUUUUCUCAGAAUAAGUAAGAUACUCUCUGUGGAUGAAUGCUUCGAUCUCUUACGCUUCCAAGUAUCUCUUCUCCGUACGGUAAUCCUACUAAAAGAGUAACUAUCAAAUUUCUUAACUUUGAACGCGACGAUCAAAUAUCCUGAUUUAUGUAAAAGAGAGCUUGCGGAAGCGACGAGUUUCGCUUUUCAUUAAUUCCUUAAUUCCAUUACAUACCUAACUACGAUACGUUCGUCGCAACAAGACAAUACGAAUCGAACAAUGGUAAAUUUAGCAAAGACGAUGUAUCGUCCCUUCUCUGUAUUCUUCGAUUUACGGAGUCUAUCGAUGUGUUUCGAGCGGCUCAUGUAUAGAAUCUAUGAAAAUCAACGCUAAGCUUCGUUAACUCGGAUCAGAAGAAAAAUAAAAUCUCAACCUUACACAGUUUUACGCAGUUAACAUCAAAUUCCAUUGGAGAAACACGCCUUGAACACGAGAAAACCUUCGAAAGACACGUGCCUGUCGAGACAACGUCCCAUUAAGUCGUAUCCCAAUUCGCUUCGAUUCCGAGCUGCUUUCUGCUUUCUAAGAAAAAGGCACGCGGUGUCGGAUAAAAGGAAGUUGAAAAGUAGAACGUUCUGUCUGGUGGAUGAUAUGGGAAGAAACAGGCGCGUGUUGGUCGAGACAGAGAGACGUAAUUACCGUACGAGAAGGGAUGUGGUCAUGCGGUGGCAUAAAAUAGCGGCGAGGCCGUGUAACGAGCACUAAACUCGAGCUUUAAUCCUCGAAGCACGAUUCUCAGCUGAUCUCGCGAGCAACGGUGCGGCCGCGUUCCGCGAUCGUUCGCGAGUGUAGUCAAUGAUCUAAUUACGCUGAACGGGCGGCCAUGUACGUGGUUAUUUUCUUAAUGGCGACUCCACGGUCGAUUUCUCUGCUCCUCGUAAUUCCAUGUAAACGUUUUCUACGAUCGGUCGCAUGGAAAUCAAUGAAUUUGUUAAUUUGCCUCGACCAAACCUUGUUCCUGCCGAUACAACUUCCGCCUUCUCUCUAAUAAGCAAAGCCACCGACGAAACACGUCAACUAGUAUGUUUACGCAUUAAUUACGAUAAUAUUAGAUAUUAAUUACGAUAAUCUUUGAAAUGCACGCUCGUUACAGUGACACGCCUCGUACAUGCCGCAGCAUCGAGACGCUCACCCCACCCCCUCUCUUUCUCUCUCUCUCUCUCUCUCUCUCUCUCUCUCUCUCUCUCGUCAGAUGUUUUCGUAAUUUUUGCAAUUUUCGCCAUCUUCCAGCGUAUAUUCCAUCGAAUCUCCUCUUGGAUCAUAAGUAAAUCAGCCUACACACGUCGAGCCAUGUUAAUAUGCACGCAUCGACUUCUAGGCUUCGUAAAACCGCGUUAAAAUAGGCUUUUGCUUAUUAAUCGAAACGAUAUAUUGAUCUUCGAUCGAUGCAUGCUUCGAAUACCGAUGUAUCGAUACCGAUCUACCGCUUGACGAACCAAGGCUGAGGUUUCUAACGUGCAUAUCGACGCAGGUAAGAGGCAAGAGAAACCCGAUAUCCCAGGCGCCAGUCUUCUACAGUGCCGCGUAAUACUUUGCCCUGAUUCCAGUACUUUUCUUCGUCUCCUCUUAUCCACGUAAUUCGUUAUAAAAAUCGUACGUUAAAAUUUAGUCAUUGACGGAUAAAGAUACGAAUUUCAUAGAUCGUGGAGCGCGUAACGGCAACAAGUUCGACGAUACAUGAAACGAAUUCGACGAAUUAAUGGUAGCUUAGCGUGCGAGAUAACGGCCGAAAGGAUCAAAAGUACUUUAUAAAUGCCUGUAUGUUACCUUUCUAUCGAAAAAAUUCUCCGCAGAAACAUCACCUUUGUUCGAUCGAACUGUACAUAUACCGUAAGCUGCAUCGGGAAUGCCAGAAGUCGAUACGCGCAUCGUAAGAUGCCUCGCGAGCUAUGUCAAGCCGUUUAAGAGUUUCUCUCUCGUCUCGACUCAUCAAUCUGGGAAGUUGCGAGACACGGUGAAAAGGAAAGACACCUUGAACAUUAUCAACGAUACGUUGUCGUGAUUAGCUGCGACGAAAUAAUGACUCGCGAUGAGAGAUGCAACGAUGGUAGUAUUAGACGAGGAAUACGGGAAAUGAGACGAUACGCGCGAGAGAUGCAGCAUAGAUGAAACUAGUUGGACGAUCAACCGAGAGACCGCUGAGAGGAGACUCGAAGAUAAUACAAUCGAGGAAAUUAAGGAGAUGAUUAUUAGGUCAGAACUGCGUGCGAUCCUCGUAAUAGUUUAGAUUUCGCGGUACCUUCCCGCGCAAGAUAAGAUCGACAGACACAUUUUUUCCCUUUCGCGUCGUUCGAAAGAGAUUCGCGUGUCGUGUUCCUUUUUUUUUCGUUUUCCUAGAGCGAACGCGUUUAUAAAAAUCGACGCUUUCACGGCGAGACGUGAAAAUGUUCGAUCUUUAUCGACUCGCUGUAAUCGCGCGUCAAAUCGCUCGUUUGCUGCAACAGCCACGUAACUGAAAAAUCGCGAUUCAAAGGGAAUUUAAAGGGUUUGAACGCUUUCAGUCGUUGCAAUUUCGCGAAUCGCGUGAAACUCACAUAAUAAGAGAGGUGGCGAACUUGUACGAAAGUAUCGUAAUAGUCUCAUUUGGUUAGAUAAAUCCGCAUUUACCAUUAAAAUUAUCUCCGUUUGGUCCGCGAUGAAGAUUUGUUUAAUAUUACGUCGUUAUUGUGAAAGAAUACUCUCAACAAGAAGCUAUGUAAUUGCAAUAAUGUUGUAAUAAUACAAGGAUACUCUUUACUUUAACGAGCUUCAUAUUUCGAUUGUCACGAUACGACGAUUAAAAUAGGAGCAAACGUGAAAACAAAACAGCUCCAGUUACACGAUUCCAUCUGUAAACGAUACAAACGAUUGUUUCUUUGUUCUUUUCUAAUAAAUUAAAGACUGCAAAUUUUUAAGUACGUCGUUGUUACAGCAAAUCGGGGAAUUGUAUUUGGUUGGUGAAAAAAUGAUGUCGGUUUCGUGCAUACAAGUAUAAACUAAUCUACGUGUUUCUGUCUUGCGUAAUCACAUUCGAUUAUAUUCGUCGUUCUGUACGAUUAUUCCGCCACUUGGGAAGCUUCUCAAUGGCAUCUCUGUAGAAAAAAAGAAACCGAGUUCGAAUUUUUUAUUUUUCUUCUAUCCAAAAAAUUUUACAAUGGUCGAAACGGUUGAUAGAGUUUGGAUAGUGCUACGUCUAGAGUUCAAAGAAUAGGGAGGCCAAGAAAGAAUCGCAAAUAGUUGCAUUUACGCGUCUCCAGAUUCGUAUUUACCGCGUGUCUAACCGUUCACAGUUAAACGAGCAGCGUUUCCUGAACGCCGAACAUCGUCGCUCGAAACUAUUUCUCUUAGCGCGACGAAAAACCGACAUUAGAUCGCCAGCAACCUAACGAAGAGAUAAAUGAGAAUUAUUAGAGGGAAGCGUAUCCCGAUCGCGAACGAUGGAUGUGUUCGAACGAGGCAAUAAUAAUAGUAAACGAAUAUCUGUGUAAUUCCAGGAGGAAGAGCGGUUUUCGAACCAAGUUCUGUAAGGUUUUUAAAGAAGGGGACGAAUAAUUUUGUACGACUCGUGUAAAGAGAUUUAAAGUAUUAAAUUACCGAGAAAGAGAAGUAUUAAAACAUUUAUAGAGAUAUUUACUGGUAAAGUUAACGUUAAGGUAAACCGAGCGUUUGUUAUUCUAACAAUGGGCAACACCCAACUGCCAAAAAUGUCUAAUUCUACGAUAAGACUUAACGAGAAUAGUAAUUAAAAUUGAGCAUCGUGAACGAAACUCGCGUGUCUUCCUAAGUACCGUAAAAGUGAUCGACAAAUUUGAAACUAACGGAUAAUGUUUAGCCUUGUAUUGUUCCGAUUAUAAAGAGAAUCUUGUUAAUAUAAUCGAUUGAAAAUAUAGAAUGUUAUAUCGUGUCUGAGGUACUAGGAUCGAUUAAAAUAUUGUGUUCAUUUUUUUUUUUUUUCGUUUAUUUUGUAAUUUAAUCCUUGCAAGGAAUAUGAUCCGAAGGACUGUUUUGUAAAUUAUUUAUUGUUCGUUCUAAUCAGAACCGAGAUUGCUGAAAAUUAGCGAUAAUCCUAAAUAUUCGUAGGUACGAACCUCGCAAUUAUACGUGUAGAUCAAGCUUCGCGCUGAAGAAAAUGGCAAUAACAGAAAGAUACUUUUGUUUCGCUUUUUUAUACCAACACUGUGAAUGAACUGCCUUUUAAAUUUAAUGAUAAAAGUAGAGUAAAGAAGAAGAAAAAAAAAAUAGAAAGAAGAAGAAGAAGAAGAAGAACUGGCACGCGCAACUAGAUAUUUUACGAUUCUAAAAAUGUCCGUUGCCUAGAGCUAAUCGCUCUAGCAGAGUUAUAAUAUUUUCUACCGUCAAAGAGAGAUAGGGAACCGAUUUAUGAAAGUAUGGAACAGUGAUUGAAACUUAGAAAUAGUCGAUAAGAAGAGAGAGAAAAAAAAAAGAAAGGACAACCAGAAAGAGAUUCUAUCGCCCCCAACGUCUCCUCGAAUCUCGAUUAAAUGAGUUUGCGAUAUAUUUACAUAUCGGUAAGGAAAGAGUCCGCCAGAAAUAUCUUGACCUCGCUACGAAUCUUGUAGGAACCACCUAUUAAUCUAGUAGUAUAUUUAUUAAAGACUUAUUUAUUGUAAACAGUUGACUCCGUGUACAUAGGUCUACGAUCAUUACUCAUCAAUCAUGCGCAUCGAUCAUGUGUUCUUCGUAUGUUGUGUCUAGUGUCUAUCCCUCGGGCAUGCGAAUUCGUCAAAAAUAAUCGACAAAUCUUUCCCCUUCUCCGCCGUCUACUCGUUUCCGGAAAAUAUUUUUGCGUUCGUAUCGUAGAAAAUCGUUGACAAUGAUGCGGUGAAAACAUUGAGCGUAUAUAAUAGUAUGAUUAUAACGUAUCUGAUUGAAAACGUCUGAAACUUCAAAUCGAUAAAUUCGAAAGGUACUCUUCACUUCGUUAAAUUGUCAAUUGACGCGGCAUAAUGUUAUGUAAUAUUUACAAUUGGCAAGAUGUUCUAUAUACGGCAACUACGAUUACGAUAAUAAAUGGAAUAUGCGAGUGUACUUACAUCGAUACUACGUUAGUUUGUUAUAAAACUGUAGACUAGAAACUCAAUGUAAUACAUUGUCAGGACGCAAUAAAUGCAAUUUAUGUUUCUAAGAACACGAUCUCUCUGAAUUUUCUUCAAAAUUGCACGACAAAGACAGCACGUGAAUUCUAUAAUAUCGGGCACACGUAACUGAUAUACGCUACGCGCUCGAAAUGCAACAUUUGACAAAGAUAAGUAAUAAAUAAGAACAAUUUCCGAAUGAUAAUAAAAAUAAGACAAAUUUAUAGCGUAUAAGGGAGAUGAUAUUCUCUGUUGAAGUAGUUUUUCAUUUAUUUCGUUACACGUGAAAUAGGAAGGAAGGAUCGCACGGAAGAACUUUUGUACCAUAACCGAGCGCAAAGUCGAGACAAUCUAGAGAAUGAAAUUUUCUUCUUGAUCCAGGUGCUGGAAGCUUAUCAACUGGGAAGCAGUUUUCCCAAGCGUAAUAAUAGUCGCUUCCGGCGGAACUGAAACUGGAUCGCUUUACUCUUAACGAACAAAGUCAGUUUAAUUCCCAUUUCCAGAUGAUAGCGCACACAGCCCUCUCAUAUUUCGGUUUCCUUAAAUUACGGAAACGGAGCGGAGCAAAUACUUUGGCCUACAUUCUCUCAAAUCGCAAUUCUUUUAUCCCGUAAUUUAGUUCUCUAACUUUGUCCGAUCUAAUUUAAUUUUAUCUCUAUAUCGCUCCCUCCUAAAUCUUCUUUUACUUAAAGCGACGUAUAUAAAAUAGCAGGCUUCCUUUUUACAUUGGUUUCUCCAAAAUGAAAUUUAAUGUGAGAAGAAACGAGGAGAAAUUUUUGAGAGGAAACAGAGAUAAGCGUUUUGUUUGGCAAGCAGAAAGAAAAUUUUGUGCAGGCAACUUGAAAUAUCAUUUAAACGUACUUUUAACAUUUUCCCAAAAAUAAUAAAAAAAACAAUAAUAAUUAUACUCGUGUGAUAAAUGACAAUAGUUGAGGAUUGACGCGGAAAAAUUUAUUACAUAAAACAAAGAAUAUAGUGGUCGAAACGAAAACACAAUGUUGCCUGUCAUUUAAACGCGUAUAACCUCGUACUAUCCGAUAACGGUGAUUUGUUUCUUAUCUUUUGAUACUUUUAAUCGUAGCAUACUGGUUUCAUAAAAAGAAACACACAAAAUAGAAAUUUAUUUGAUAACAGAGACCUAUCGAAGAACUCACAAUUUUUCGCUGCAUCGUGUCACGUUAUACAUGAACGCAAGAUAAAACCGAACAGUUUCCGCAGUAAAAGGAAGAAUAGCACAGACGCGAAUAUUGAUAUUUUUGGCGAAUUCCGAGCCACCGCAAUUGUAACAAAGUAUGCGUGUUUUAUUCUUUUUCUUGACGAACGAGACAACGAGCGGUUCGUCGGGACUAGAGGUAAAAGACAAUCAUUGUAACGAUACAGCAUGCAUGGACUGUAGGAGUUUCUAACGAAAGACAAUAAAUGAAAGCGACGUUUGUAAAGUGCGAUGCGACGAAGAUUCGACGGAAGAACAAGGGAACGUCUCUGAAAGCGAUUUCGUUUCUGUGCGCGUCAUUAAGAAAAUCCGUGUCACGUGCCGUUUCGAUUCAAGCAAUACGAAUGUGCUACACAUUAUACAUUGUAAUCGUCUGGAAAAUCGCAAUAAAGAGAAGCAAAGGGAAAUACAACGAUAUCUCUGUAUCGAUAUAAUCGUACUCAUGCCAUACGAUGAUCGUUUUCUUCGCGCUCGAUACGUUCGUAUACUCCAUUACGGAAACAGGCUGUAACGGAGGAAAAAGCGUAACGCAGAAAUUUAUUUGUAUCAUUUCGAUCGAAUUUAAAGAGGCAGUGAAGCAUCGGUCGAAUGUAUAUCGAUCAAUCCGAUGGACCGAUGCCAUGGAUAUUUUCAGUCAUUUAUGCACUCGAUCGCGAUAAAUAAAUUUAUGCAAGUAUGUCGGUUAUCUCGUUGACAAGUUGUACGUUAAUCACGCGCACGAAUGAUAAAAUUUGCGAAAAGUAAAAUUGACAGUUUUGGUUCCAACGAUAAGGAACUCGUAUGACACUCUGCUCUAGAGUAAAGACAGUGGAAUAUUGCAACUGCGGUCGAACGCAGCAAAACCAUGUAAAAGCCGAUUAACGUCAAUUUGCCACGUGUUUAUUAUGCGACAGAUACUGCCUUUUUUACAUGACUGAGCUAUUUAUUUCGACUGAAACGGCUGAUAAUACAGAGGAGAGAAAGGGCCAGGAAAGCGCAAAAAUUUCAUUAUGAACGAAAGGAAGAGGUAUGCUUAUAGGCAAAAGAGAGUAGACAGAAAAUCAUAGACGCUUAUUUCUUUUUUGUAAAUUCUUAUCUUAAAUAUCGUUUUCUGGUCGUGUAAGAUGAUCGUGGACGCUUUCAAAUUUAAGGAUAAAAAGAGUAAAAUAAGUAGUUCUUUGUACGACACGCAGUUCUAUCGAAUUAUAUAAAAGCCGCGCGCGAUCGUUAAUCGUUAGUCGUACAGCGAUGAAUUACAGUCAGUAUUCGAGAUCUUACGAUCGUUGGAAGAAUAUUGAUUUUGCCAAAAAUUGCGCGAUGAAUAAAAAUAGGUAUGAAAGAACGAGAAGAGACAAGGAACACGGGGAGGACUGAUUUAGGAACAGGUCGACAAUGAAACUGGUCUACCACUGCCGUUUUUACGCUCUUAUCUAACUCUUAUAGGCUGAAAUUGCUAAGAUUAUAGAAACGAAAAAAGGGGAAAGAAGGCAAAAGAGGAUGAGCGAACGAUUGCUAAAAACGAUUGAUAAGAAAGAUAGAAUAAAAGAAUUAACCCUUGCCUCCGGGGUAAAUGUUAGGACGCGAUGCGACGUAUCGUUCUACUAUUUGAUUAAACCGUCAUUAUCGACGCUAACAUCGAACAUCCCUUUCCGCUCUUGUCCAGUUUCCUCGUGUAUGUACAAUUUCUUUCUGUUCCUUCCAAGAACGGUGGAAGAAGCAGCUGCGAAAAGAGAGACGGCAGUAUGGAAAUUACUCGGUAUGCUCGUGCUACCUCUUGUGACGCUGAUUCGAUGGAACAGUUCGACGAAGAAAAAAUGCGUUUAAGAAAUUUAUCUUCUCUCUUGUUCCUUCCGUGCAGAACCCCAUCAUAUGAUUCGUCGCCAUAUAAUUUUUACAAGUAAUAAAGAAAAUAUUAUCGAACACA